CUUUAUUGACAACACUCUUCUUAAGUGCUUUCUUUGUCACCAAAAAGAUCUGCGGUGUUUGUCCAAUGCCAUGAUUCUGUCUGCCUCAAGAAAUUUGGUAGCAAAUCUACCGGACGACAGCUUGCAACUCAAUGAUGCUUCCUGUAACGUCACUGGCAAUAGCACUCAUCUGCUGCUAACAAUUCCCUUCUCUGGGUGUGGCACUGAAUUACUGGAAGAUAAAUCUCAUUACAUCUUCACAAAUAAAAUUGUCAGCCAAAGCAGAAGUGAAACUUCAAAACAGCUGGAGAGGGUGGCCAUCCCACUGAUGUGCAAAUUCCUUCGAUCCAGCAAAGGUAGUGAACGAGCCAAUGUACUGAAUGAUGCCAUAGACAAGAUCUUUGAAGUCUACAGCUUUGAAAUCCAGUUCAGCAAAGAGUUCAACUCGAGCUGGAGGGCGGCUAGACCAGAUUCUCCAUUUAUUGCCACCAGCAAGGACCAUUUAUACAUAAGCAUCAUUGCCAAAAGCAACGAGACUGCCCUCUCACUCUAUGUGGAGUCUUGCCAUGUGUCUAAGGAGUAUAAUUCUUCAACAGGAGUUAUGCUUUUACGACAGGGCUGCUUAAAUAACAGCACGGCAAAGGAACAUCAAACCAAAAACCAAAACGAGAAAAUAUAUUCCAUCAAACUGUCCUCUUUACCAUGGCGCACUGCCCAGGUGUUUAUUACUUGCAGUGUCCAGUUAUGUGCCGACACAUCCGGCUCCAGCCCAUGCACACUGGGCUGUGGCUCUGGCAGUGGUUCACAAGCAGAUCAGUCAAACAUACAGCAAGUCAGCGCUGGACCAGUGCACAUUACAAAGGAAAGUGACUUUGGUCCUAACUACGCUGCCAUUACAGUUGGACUGGCAUUAGGAGGCACCGUGGUCUAUGUUGUUUUGAUCCUGUUGAAGAGAUCAUUUGUGGGACUAUACUACAGAGGCAAUACCAGAUCCACUCGAUCCAGACGAUUCUGAUAAAAAAAAAGUCAAUUGGCCAAGCACUGUGCCUUGCCAGACAUCUAAUAUGUUUCUGCUCGUUGGAUUUUUCCUCCUACAGCUCCCUCUACAGUCAGAUGCCUCACAAACGGCACUGGUUGAUUUCAGAAUUGUGUGUGGCUCGCAAUGGAUCUAUAAUUUGUUUUCUGAAUUUGAAUUCCAGUUCUGCCACUUGCAUUUCUGCAAGAUCCAGACUAUAUUCUUCAAACUGCUUAAAUCUAUAGAAUGGAAUAUUGGAUUGAGCUACUGC